AUGUCAUCGGAGACGUCAGAUUAUGAUGAGAGUGAUGAUCACGAUUCGCACGAUUUGCUCGAUGAUUCGGAUGCCAGUUUUGAAUAUGUUGUCGAAUAUUCGUUACAUUAUGGUUUACUGAAACUCUCGCACUCAUAUCGUCUCGAACAUCACAUCCCAUUUCUUCUUGUUAGGACGUUUGCUAUAUCGAUGUUGCUUCGUUUUUCGCACCAUCAGAUAUUCUUGUUCAUCGUUGAUUUAUUGCAAAUGUUUGAGCUCAAUCAGAUGCUCGUUUUUCCAGCCGCACCACUGCUUACCGUCAUCCUGGCUCUCGUUGGUAAGUUCUUCCUGAUCUAUUCAACGAAAACUUUGAAUUUCCUGCCUAAACAGGAGAGUUGUAAAACUCGACUCAAAUUCCUGACUACACUCAAAUUCCUGUGUUUAUGCUUAUGCACAGAAAUUUGA